ACCUUCAAUUUUUUCAUUAAAACCACUAAACGAGUGAACUCGCAACUCAUUUGCAUUUGGGAAUUGAGAAAGAAAACGAGAGCGCAAAAAUGGUUGUAGAAGACACCCCCAAAUCCAUCAUCACCGACGAUCAAAUCACAGCAAACCCUAAUCGGGCCAUCGAAGACGACAACAAUAUCGAAGAAGGAGAGAUCCUCGAUGAAGACGAUUCCUCCGCCACUUCCAAGCCCGUCGUUCACCAAUCUCACCCUCUCGAGAAUUCUUGGACUUUCUGGUUCGAUACCCCUGCAGCAAAAUCCAAACAAGCCGCUUGGGGUAGCUCAAUGCGACCCAUCUACACUUUUUCCACUGUUGAAGAGUUUUGGAGCAUUUACAAUAACAUUCAUCAUCCUAGUAAGUUGGCUGUGGGAGCAGAUUUCUAUUGUUUCAAGCAUAAAAUUGAACCGAAAUGGGAGGAUCCCAUUUGUGCUAAUGGUGGGAAAUGGACUGCCAACUAUCAGAAGGGAAAAUCUGAUACCAAUUGGUUAUAUACGUUGUUGGCAAUGAUUGGAGAACAAUUUGAUCAUGGAGAUGAAAUUUGCGGAGCGGUUGUUAAUGUAAGGGGUAGGGCUGAGAAGAUUUCUAUUUGGACUAAGAAUGCUUCAAAUGAAGCUGCUCAGGUGAGCAUUGGAAAACAGUGGAAGGAGUUUCUUGAUUAUAAUGAGACCAUGGGCUUUAUAUUUCAUGAUGAUGCAAGGAAGCUCGACAGAAAUGCUAAAAACAAAUAUGUUGUAUGAACUGUAUAGCGUUUUUACAUGGUAGCAAACUAGCAAUUGCAUGAGAGUUGCCUCUCCCAUGUUCAAUAUGUUGCUUAAUGCUUUUCUAAGCCUUUUAAAUCUCUCAUCUUGAGUAGUAUUUCCAGAUUUGUGUACCGGAUAAUCUUUUUGAUUGUAGACGAUGUUUCAUCAAUAAUAGAGUGAUUUAGUUAA